AUGGUUAAAAGGUUCGCGCAAUUCAUCGCUUGGCACGCGUAUGUCCAAAUGCCUCCAUCGCGUGCGUUUCCAUCCACACGUCUUCUUAAAAACGGCCCCGCUCCCCUAGAAUACGACGGUCGCGUCAUCGACACCGCCGAGAGCGCCCACCUGAAAGCCACUCAUAUCUCUGCUCACUCCGCGGCGACAGCCAAGGCCUCUCACGGCGGAUACGCCGGCAUCGGCGCUGGUCACGGCGCUGGCUACGGUGCCGCUGCCUACGGCGCCGGCGCUAGCUACGGCGCUAGCUACGGAGCCGGAUACUCGGGAUGCUACGGCAAAUGGACCGAUCCCCAGGCCCACAUCCAACUCACUCAUGACGGACAAUAUGUCGGAGACACGCCUGAAGUACAGCACGCCCGCGCUGCUUACUUCGCGCAAUUCACCCACGCCGCAGAUACCGCCGCCUCCGCGCUCGAAGAACCCUGGGAUGCCCACUCCAACGGCGCUCACGGUUGGCACUAA